AUGACGGAUAAGCGUCUUGCUGAGAAGCAUUCUAUGGAUAUUCCCCAUGUUGCGGCAGUCGAAUUACCCUUGAUAGUUAAAAAUGAGGACAAGGCCAUUGAAAUGAUCGGUGGGAAAGAGAAGAUUUACCGAGUGGUGAACGCAUUGGAUAAGCCCAUCAACACGUCUGGUCAUAGUACCAACGAUAAUGUACUUGAACUUCGGUUGAGAAAUGAUCCAUUCCAUCACCCAAUUCAAUCGCUGAUGAAUACAAAUGAAAAGGUGUUGUUGAAGGUUUCCAUACCUAAGAAAAGCAUACCCAAAGAUUACUACAAGAAUCCUUCGAACUACACAGUAAAACAGUUAUUAGAGAUUAACGAGGCUAAGAAUAAUGCAUCACAUAAAGUUCAACCUGUUGCUAUCAUUAAUAAGACGUUUCUGUUCAAGGCAAUGGCAGAUUUUCAAGUUUCUACGAAAAAUAAUGCGUUGGUUCAGGAAUUUAACGAGUCAGUAUUGAAUGUACAAAGCUACCAGGGCUUGAAGAAAUACUUUGAUAAGCAUGAACAAUUUUCGGGAAUACUGGACUACAAAUUACCUGAAAAGUAUCUUAAUAAUGAUCACCAAUUGCCCCCACCUCCUGUAUUUAGCCCAAUUCGAUUUCCAUUUGACUAUAAAUAUCAGAAAAAUCCAUUAACUACCAUAGUUAAAGAUGCAAAUAGUGGUGAGGUACGAGUUGUAUCGAAGAAAAAUACUCAAAAAUUGUACACUAUUAUUAUUGAUUUUUACACUGAAAACAUACCUAAUCAAGCUGCACCGGAGUUGCUCAAGAAUUAUGAGACAUUAUUAAACACAAAUUUGGCUGUAAACAGCUUAGACUAUAAUCUUUUGGAGUGCAUUAAGUGGUUGAAAUCGAUUUUUGAUAUUAAACCUAUCUGGCUCCGUAAACAAUUGGAAGAUAUUGUACCCCAAGAAAUGAGACGAGUUAUCAAACAGGCAUUACCAUACGUAUCGUAUAUCUACAAAAGUGGUCCAUGGAGGUUUUGUAAUGUGAAGUUCGGAGUAAAUCCGAAGGAGAACCGAUCUUUUUGGAAGCACCAAAGUGAAUACUUCAGAAUACCGGGCUUGCAUUUUAAUGUCGCAUCUUCAUCGAAUCCGCAAAGAAUAAUACCAAACUCCAUAGAGGACAGGAAUGAAAAUGGGGCACUUGCAGUAUCAGAUUACUUGUUGUUUACUGGUCUGAAGCUCCCACGCACAGUCACGUACCAGGUUGGGGACAUUUUGGAUACGGACAUUAUAUCUUUAAUUCAAUCAGCUCAAGAAAAAUUGGGUGAUGGCUUCUAUAGAGAUGUUUCCGAUUUCCAGGACGGAUGGAUCAAUAAACAAACCAUGGAGACCAUUCGAAGAAUAAUUCGGUAUAAAUUAAGCAAAAUAGUAAAGGAAGAGCCGAUAGAGUCAGCUAAGGUUGAAAAAAUCAUAAAUACUGAUUUCACUGAAAAUGAAGAUGCUAUGGAAGUUGACGUUCUGGAGGAAGACGAGAUAAAGCCUCAAGGAGACGAAGAUGUCGAAGAAGAAGAAGAAGACGAAGAAAAUGACGACAUGGAAUCUGCCUUAGAUCCUUCUGUAACAGAAGAAAAUGUAUUAUCGAGGUUAAAUACAAUUGACGACUCAUCGGCGAAUAAACUAGAAGGUUUGCUUGGCUUUAUCAAACAAGAUUCACUUCUGAAAGAGUAA